AAGUACAAACUUACAAAUUAAAGCUUCUUGUUUCUAGCUUCCCUUUUAUAUACGUAAUACAAAACAUGGAAAUCAGUGGGAAGAUCUACGCUAGAGUCCGGUUAGCCACCCGAUCCGACAUCACCCAUAUUGACAAGCUUUUUUAUCAAAUCCAUCAAUACCACGAGUUGACUCACCUCUACAAAGUGAGUGAGGAGUCCUUGUCCAACAUGCUCUUUGGAUCAAACCCUAACCCUCCUUUCUAUACCCCAACCAUCCUCCUCCUUGAGGUCUCCUCAUCCGAGUUCCCUACUCCUACACCCGAUAGUUCGGGUUUCGAGCCCAUUGUCAAGUCGUUGGACCUGAAAGCCCCCGUUUUCGAUAAUGAAUGGGAGCAGUUCAGGUCCAAUGUUAACGACCACGAGGCUUAUAUAGCUGGGUAUGCCUUCUUCUUCCCCAACUACUCCAGCUUCUACGACCGGCCCGGGAUAUUCUUCGAGAGCCUGUACUUUCGAGCGAGCUACCGGAAGUUAGGGUUCGGGCGGCUUCUCUUUUCCACCGUGGCAACCAAUGCUGCCACCAAGGGGUUCUCGUCCGUGGAGGGGAUUGUGGCGGUUUGGAACAAGAAAUCAUACGACUUCUACGUCGGCAUGGGCGUCGAGAUCAUGGACGAGUUCCGGUACGGGAAGCUCACAGGAGAUGCUCUUCAAGCGUAUGCUAAGAAGGAGAGUGCUUGAUAUAAUUGCAUAUCCUUAGAAACUACUCCGUGUAAUAACAAAUAAAAUAAGUUUUUUUAUACGUACGACUUCUAAGGUUUUCUGUUUGCGUUUGGUUUUCACUUUAGUGAAAUAAAUUAUUCCCUCCAUCUCAUAAAAUGUACGGAGUAAUCAAGUUUGGCUUGCAAGUAAAAUAUAAAAUAAAAACACCAUGGUUUAAAGUUGUGCUGAGGAGA